AUGAUUAAUAAUGGAAUUUUUAGACCAAAGAGACUACCUACUGCAACAACAAGAAUAAAAUCAUCAUCGAAACCAAGUAUUGAUUCAUUGAUGUUUAACAACAUUCAGAAAUAAAGUGUAAUGUGUGAUUCAUAAUACUUCAAAACGUCAAGAAAAACUACUCGGCUUUAAACAUCCUUAUAAUUACCUAGUAAAGAUGCAUUAUUUGAAUUGCCUUUGUAUUCAAAUGAUGAAGAAACUAAAGAGUCUAAAAAUAAAGAUGUCUAUUAUCAUACCAAAAGGAAAUUAUUCAGCAAUAAAUAUUCAACCACAAUGCCUACUCACAUGAGUACUUAAUAAUCAAUUAUUAAAUCUCAACCAUUAAUUCAAUCUGUAACAAAAAGAACUACUAAAACUAAUAAUUCAGUUACAAAACGUGUGACCAAAUCAUAAACAAUAGAAGUUGUAAAUUAAUAAUAAGUUCUUCAACCUAAUCCGAUUAAUAUAAAUGAAUUGUUCUCUUAAAUUUAAUAAAUAAGAUAACCACCUCAAUUAUUAUAAUGCGAUUUAGACAAUUUUAGAGCAACCAAAAAAAUAUUGCAAAUAAAUCCUGAAGAAAUAAAAGCACUCUAUGAUGAAUUAGCACAUUUAGAUGUUAAAUUCAUGAAAAUGACAACAGACACUGAAGUUUUUAUACACAAUUUAUAUGCUGACAAAAAUAAGUUCCUCAAAAUAAAAGAUAAUUUGUUAACAGAACAAGAAUUAAUAUUUCUAACUGAUUAACUAAAGAGUAAAAGAGAAUUGCUUGAAUAAGGCUAACCCUUUGAUGGUAUCAAUUUUGAUGAAAUAGAUAAAAUUGUAUAAAAACUCAUAUUUUUUGAAAGAUUUACUAAAUCCACAAGAAUUAAUCUAGUCAAACUCGGUCAGUAUAUUGAAGUUCCUCCAGGAGAAUAUGUAUUUCAUUAAGGCGAUUUUGGGGAUAAUUUAUUUGUUAUUUUAUCAGGUAGUGUAGUAGUUAAAAUCGAGAAGAAAUUCGACUAAUUUGGCCCUGUGAUUGAAUAGGUAGUAUCAUCUCUCUAUGAUGGCUAACAUUUCGGAGAGUUAGCAAUGAUGGAAACUACCUAAAAGGGAUCAGAGGAAGUUCUAGAAGAAAAAUUAGAGAAUAUCAAUGUAAAAUCUCUCAAAGAAGUCAAGGAGUAACUCAUUAAACAACAACUCAAAGAUCUAGGACACUAAGAUGAAGCCUUCUAAAAAUAAAAGAUUAAAGAAUUACAGAGACAAAAUACUAAUAUAAUUAAUUUGGUUAAGGAGGACAAUGUUAAGGAAAAACAUUAUAUAAUGAAUCUAGCCAAUGAUGAUGAAUUAGGGCAUUCCUCUGGUUUGACAAAAUCUAAUAAUAUUCAGUAUAAGAAAGUUGAAAAGGUUUAAUAAAGAAAAGCCUCCAUUUAAGCUAGCGAAACUUGUCAUCUAUUGGCUAUUAGCAGAGAAAAUUUCAAAAAUAUCCUUAUGGUUUUAAUGUAAGAUGAAUUAGAACAGAAAAUCAAAAUGCUCAAAUCCUUGAGAUUCUUUAAAUAAAUUCAGCCCUUUGUUUUAAUACCAUUAGCAAAUUAAUUAAUACCACAAAGAUUCCAUCUCGAUGAAGUUUUAGUCAAAGAAGGAGACCUCCUAGAAUACAUGUACAUUAUAUAUAAAGGAUCCUGUAAUGUUAUUCGAACCAUAAAUACUGAUAGAAUUAAAUUACCAGAAUAUUUUAGAAAUAGGCAGCACAGAAAAUCCUACAGAUAUUAUAAAGAACAUCCUAUUAAGAUUACUCGCAAUUAACCUGAAGAUUACUUGUCUUGCUUAACAUAAGAUGGAGAUAUCACCUAUAAAAUUCCAGAUUAUGCUGUUUGUAAUAGUAAUAAUGGAUAUAUCUAAUAUUAAAAGAGUUAUAUUUAUAAAAAAUUGUACCCUGGUGAUAUCAUUUUUGGGAGAGUUUUAACAGGAUUAAGACUUGAAGGUGAUAAAGUUCAUCUAGUACUACAAUUGUUUAUAAAAUUAGCUUGA